GAACACUUUCUCCCUUUGAACACCAUCGGUUUAUCAUAAAGAGGUUAUUGCAGCAGUAGAUGGCAUCAGUAGUAUACAUAGUAGUAAUUAGGUAAUCAACGAUAAUUGAUUAUGGAUUCACAAUCAGAUCAGCGAGGUCGCGGCAGAGGUCGGGGUGGACGUGGUAGAGGCAGAGGUAGGGGAAGAGCGAGAGGAGCAUCUAUUAACAAUUGUAGCAAUAAUGACGAUAAUUUCAACAACUAUGAUACCACCUACAACGGUGACCAACAAAAUGAUAAUGGUUACUUUCAGCAACAGCAACGAGAAAAUAGCCGAGUUCAAAGCACACGAGGUGAACCCCGUGUGAAUGAAAACAGAAAAAGACAUGCCGACGAAGAUACAACAUUGUCAGCUGAUUCAAACCAGACUGGUGCUAUCCAGGGGAUGGAUACAACCGGUUUGGUUCCGUUUGGAAAUCUUCACUUCGAUCAGAAUACAAUGCGAGCUGUCCAGGAAGUGUUCAAGUAUACGCACAUGACGCCAGUACAGUCCAUGACACUACCCACGAUUUUACUAGGCAAGGACGUACUUGCAAAAGCUCGCACAGGAACCGGUAAGACACUGGCUUUCUUGAUUCCCUCUAUCGACCUUAUGGUGAAGCAUCCCCGCAAGAGCAGAACGGACAUCCAAACCGUCAUCAUCUCGCCCACUCGAGAGCUAGCGACCCAGAUAUUCGACGAGGCCUCGAAAUUGACCAGGUUCCACCCUCAAUUAAGGUCAAUGGUAAUGGUGGGAGGCAUACCCAUGGGUAAGGAUUUACGGGCGCUCAAGGAAGGGGGCGCGUCUCCCGAUAUUCUGGUAGCCACACCAGGGCGAUUGCAAGAUCAUCUCAGCAACACUCCCCACUUUGCCGACUCUAUGCGUGGCAUCAAGAUGCUGAUCCUAGACGAGGGUGACCAGCUCUUAGAUAUGGGGUUCAGACGCGAAAUCGAAAGGAUUGUGAGCCAUCUCCCAUCAAACACCGGUGCACACCCGAGACAAUCGCUAUGCUUUAGCGCUACCGUGCCGCCAGUGCUAGCCAAGGUCCUCAGCACUGCACUACGCAAGGAGUACGUGUCCAUCGACUGUACCACCGUGGCCGGCGGGAAGUCGAACGACACACAUGACACCACUAAAGUACCUCAGGCACAAGGGCUGGUGGACUUCAACGACGUGUUCGUAGCCACGUGCAUGGCCAUAGGAGAUGAGAUCGAGCGUAACCCGACCGACCACAAAAUCAUUGUGUUUUUGCCUACUGCUCGUCAAGCGGGGUUCAUCGCCAGCAUGCUCGAGAACUGGUUCAACGGCAGAAGCAACCCCUUAGGCAGAAACCGUACGAGUGUUUAUGAAAUCCACAGUCGUAAGAGUAUGCCACAGAGACAGAAAGUCUCUGCUGCCUUCCGCACAGCUCAACACGGUGUUAUGGUGAGCUCAGAUGUGAGUGCCCGUGGUGUGGACUACCCGGACGUCUCGUUUGUGCUGCAAGUAGGUACACCUGUGAGCCAGGAACAGUAUGUACACCGUCUGGGACGUACUGGAAGAGCAGGAAAGACGGGCCGUGGAUUGAUACUACUAGGAACUUUCGAGAAGGUUUUCCUGAAUAAGCUGAAGGCAUUCAAGGUGGAGGAUGGACUCCCGAGUUUAUUGGCCUUCCUAAGUAAACAUGGGGACAUCACAGAUGUUCUCGAUGCCAUCCGGGCCAUCGACCGCAAGCUGAAAGAGCAGACGUAUCAAGCGUGGUUGGGCUACUAUAAGGGUUAUUGCAAACCCUUCAACUGGACAUCCGCAGAUCUGGUGCAGCACGCGAACCAGCUAGCCAUUGAAGGCAUGGGUCUUGAUUCUGUUCCAGCCCUACAGAAGUCGACAAUUGGAAAAAUGGGGCUCAAAGGUGUGCCUGGCAUCAACAUCGACCCAGUGAGUAACCAGGGCGGCGGUCGUGGUGGUGGUCGUGGUGGUGGUCGUGGUGGUCAUGGAGGGGGACGAAGAUAGGAGUGAUAGAUAAUAUGUAUCUCUAAGCAUUUAUAUAGUGCUCGACUGAGGAUUGUCUGGAUACCUCCGAUGCUUUAGGUGCAGAGUAGCAGUGUGAUGGAAGGGGGGGAGGGGGCAGCAUUAUGCGAAUGCGAAUCGCGCACCACCAACUAUCGAUUAGCUUAGUGACUCUAGUGAUUUCGGAAGUCAAGGGGAGAUUAUCGUGAAGAUAGUGCGCUAUUCUGCAACAAGACUAUUAGUGUCGGUUAUAUAUGUAAGUCUACCAGUAAAGCUGCGGGCGUUUGGCAAGUCGACUUUUCUUUUGAUAGGGGAUAAGAUUGGUCACAUUAGAGAUACGCGAUCAUGCCAGGAAGGCCGUCGUUUCUAGGAUAACAAUGGACAAAGAGCACUCGGUCUUCUCAUGCGAUAAAUACAUGAUUGAACCUGUGGAAGUAAAUAGUGGCCUCUGGGUGCCUUGUGGGAGUCAUUCGGAUGCAUGCGCUGAAACUUCGUAUUUCUGUGCUGAUCGUUAGUUUGCGAAGAGCUUUCUGCAGCGUGGAGCGUGUGCGGAAUAAAUAUUAGAAUGGGUGGAAGAGAAUAAAGACGAAAGAUAGCAAAGAGUG